AUGGGGGACCAGCUGCUGUGCUGCGAGGUGGACUCCAUCCGGAGAGCCUACCAGGACGUCAACCUGCUCAACGACCGAGUUCUGCACACCAUGCUGAAGGCAGAGGAAAUCUACCUACCAUCGCCAAACUACUUUAAGUGUGUUCAGAAAGAAAUUGUACCCAAAAUGAGGAAAAUAGUUGCCACCUGGAUGUUAGAGGUCUGCGAGGAACAGAAAUGUGAGGAGGAGGUUUUUCCACUUGCUAUGAACUAUUUGGACAGAUUUUUAUCAGUGGAGGCCACCAGAAAAACAAGACUCCAGCUGCUGGGAGCUACAUGCAUGUUUCUAGCAUCCAAGAUGAAGGAAACUGUGCCCUUAACGGCGGAGAAACUCUGUAUCUACACGGACAACUCUGUCCAACCCGGAGAGCUACUGCAAAUGGAGCUGCUGGUUCUCAACAAGCUGAAAUGGGAUCUGGCUUCAGUCACUCCGCACGACUUCAUCGAGCACUUCCUGUCCAAGCUGAAGAUCUACCCGUCCACCAAGCAGAUCCUCAGGAAACACGCGCAAACCUUCGUGGCUCUCUGUGCUACAGAUGUCAACUUCAUCGCCAGUCCUCCGUCCAUGGUGGCGGCGGGCAGCGUGGUGGCGGCCGUCCAAGGUCUCUAUCUGAAGAGCCAGGACGCCUCGCUGUCCUCCCAGAACCUCACCAACUUCCUGUCGCAGGUCAUUCGCAGUGACCCGGACUGCCUGCGGUCGUGCCAGGAGCAGAUUGAGUCCCUGCUGGAGUCCAGCCUGCGGCAGGCGCAGCAGCACGGCAACACCACAGAGAGCAAACACGUGGACGAGGACGUGGACCUGUCCUGCACACCCACAGAUGUCCGGGACAUCAACAUCUGAAACUGGUGCCAGCCGCGCCGCACGAUAACCUGAUGGUGGAGGGAACGUUGUCGACAGAGGGUGGUGAUGGGCGGGCUGGGGAGGGGGGGUUCCUCAUCUGAACUCAGGGCUCCCCUCCUCCUCCUUCAUCCUGGUGGGCUGCUAUCAUGGCCGACAUGUCACUCACAUGCCCGCUGUCCGCUCCGGCUGCCAAGACGGGACAGAGCUCCCACACCCCGCAACGAAGCCCAAGUGACAUUUCCUGCCAGUGUCCCCUCCCAUCCUGGGAAAAGAAAUGAACACUACAGAAAUGUACAAGAGAGAAAAGACACCAGAUACUGAUGAUCUGCGUGGGCUGGAGUUGAAGCCACAAAACAGACAUUAUUUUAUAAUUCCCUCAAAUAUUAAACUAGGAAUCUUUAAAUUACCGCGGACUCAGCUGGCCUACUAAAACAUCCCGAAGUGUCAUGUACAGUAGGUCCCUGUAGUCUGUGUUCAGGUCUUCAUCUGAAAUCUGACUUUUGUUAGAGAAGAGGCUAUUUUGUUUUCAUUUCUCUAUUGUUAUAUCUAAUGUUUUAGACUUUCUGUCCAAGCUCCCAUGUUUGUCUCGUUGCAGUGCAAACAUUCAUAUAUCCCUGCUUGCUUAUGUUUAGUCACUUUAUCAUAUAUAAUUUUAGACCUCUUAUCAAUUAGUCUUAUACCUCUUUUCUUCCAAGCUUUUUUUUUUUUUUACGAAGUGAGAUACUCUGUUGUUAUGACCCUAGUGACUAUGGACUGUUGAUGUUAAGGCUUGGGCAUACAGUAUGUGAUUCUUUGUCCAUUUCAGCUUGCUGUUAUUUGAUAAGAUCAAAUCAUUGCACGACCAAGCAGAGCAAUCGGCAGUCUGUUAUGUAUCCUUUCUCUGUGUAGUUAUACCUAAACCAUUCCAACUUUGUUUAAAGAGAAAAAAAAAAUAGCACUUUUGGUCAGCACUGCUGGUCGUCUUAAAAAAGAAAAAAAAAAUCGCAGUGAUUUAAUUGAACCGGGGCUGAGCAGGAGUGUUUUGGUGAUGGAGAGUCGGAGCGACACCUGCAGACAGUUGGAUCUGGAUCGGAUUCCUCUAAUGGGACAAAAGAAUAGACCAUUAUGGCAGAAAUACUUUUUCAAAACACGACUGAAUGCUGCUUGAAACUGUCAUGAGUCUCACAGAGCCAAUGGCUUUCUGUAGCUGCCUUCUAAGUCUCAGAUUUGAGUUUUAGUUCAACAGAUGUUUCAUACAGACAAAACUGCUCUUCCAUUCAAAGACCUAUUGUUUCAGUGUGCUGAGCUAGAAAAUAAGUAUUAUUUUUAGAGUUAAAAUAAUACUUUAUUUUUAAUAUAGUAAAACAUAUUAUUUAUUCUUUUUUAUUUUUAUUUUUUUUUAGCUUGCAUUUUCUAUUUUGCGAAUUAACCCAUGGCUCCACCUGCUGUUGAAUCUAUUUCUGCCUGCAGAGCAGCGCUGUCGUCCAGAAAUAUCUGUAAAAACUAAAACUCCACUCCUUUCUCGAAAUUGCCAGGACAGCAUCUCCUCUGUCGUCGCGCCUCAGUUCAAACACUGCUCAUGGAUUCUGGGAAGGGGGAUGAAGCUAAAAGAAAUGUGUUGAGACUAUGAUUUUGCACAGACCUAAAAGACAUGGGCUGCGUUUCUUGGGGACUUGCCGGAAAAAAAAUUAUGGAGAGCAAAGCCGGCAAGCGUACCAAGGGAUGAACAAGCAGCAACAGUGGCAAAAAAAAGGGUAAAGGCUUAACAGGGAGGGGUGUCUUAACGCUGUAGAAUAUAAGUCACGGUUCCUACACAGGAGGGCAGACUUGUCAUGACCAGGUUGAUGUACGCUUUAUAUAUGACGAAGGACAGAUUAGUACGAAAAGGAGACGUCUCUCCAAAUCAAAUUCUGGGAAAAGUAUUGAUUUCUGACUAUGUCAACUGUGUAGGAAACCUGUACGUUAGGUUUCUGAUUGUACAUUAAUGAUAGAGAGUAGGAGAGAAACACUCCUUGUAUUCCGCUGCUAUAGUAAAUGAAUCCCAGCUACGUGUUUUAAAAACAAAACAAAAGCAAAACAGAUGACAAAAACGUAAUGGAUUAAAAAUGAUGCUUUUCUCCUGUUGUUUGCUGCUACAUUUUUGGUGUUUUUUUUUAUACAUAUAAAUGUCAAUAUACUGCCAUUAUAGGUUUGAAUUUUCUCAUAGAAAAUUGUUUUAUUGACAUCCUUGUUGUUUUUAUGUAGAUUCUAUGUGAUCUGUUUUUUUUUUUUUUUUGUAAUUACGUAACAUGAUUUUCUGAACUAUUCCAAAAAAAACCACAAGGAAGAAUGAGACAAUGUAUAGAAAUGCUUUGAUCCACAAUACCUCAUGUGACAGUCAAGAUCUAUCUCAAAUUUGUAGGCUUUUUAUUUGUUUAGUUCUUAUUAUAUUGUACUUGUUGGUUCAGUGCCUACUAGCUCUGAUCAACCUGCUUAAGAUAAAGCAUCCGCAAUGGAAACUAGCGAGUCCAGGGCAUGCUUUGAUACUGGUGCCAUAACAGAAAGUGGGAUAUGUAUAACUCUGUUGAGUGUUAAGCUGUCUCAGUGAAAGAGACUUUAUCCCCCCCUUUAGGCCCAUAGUGGCCUUUUUUCCUUUCCCCUUUUUAUAUUUAUAAAAGGAAAAAAAGCUUUUUGCUCCCAUUUUCAAACUGUCAGUGAGUUGAUUUGAGUUUGUAAAUAGAUCAGUGUCGUGCUCGGUAAGCCAUAGACUGUUUUUUUGUUACAGAUCAUUCCACACAGUUGUGUCUACUUCAUGCCAAUUGUCUGCAACUUGUCGUCUACACAAUAAAAACAUGAAUUAGAUGGAG